UUGGUGCUUAAAGUCAAUAAAUAUGGAAAAUGAUCAUCCAGUGGAGUCAGACAGGAACAGCAGCUCCCGCUGUACCUUCUUCAGUCCGGAUCCUAAUGAUUAUCGAUGUGAUGUGAUUCUUGCAGUUAAAAAAGCCACUGGGACUUUCUCUCUGGUUGCAUGUCUUUUUAUGUUGUUUGUGAUAUGGCUGCUGCGCCGCCACAACUCCUUAGCUCAGAAAAUGAUAGUCAGUCUGACAGUAGCAGCCUUCUUUGACAGUGUUGCGUAUGUCAUGGGAGAGUCUCAUCCAGAAGCUUCUUUGUGUGACUUUCAGGCCUGGUGGUUAACAUAUUUUGACUGGAGUGCACUGGCCUGGGUGUGUCUUAUCACUCUAAAUCUGUACCUGAAUCUGGUCCAAGAGAUCAGAACUGAUCAUUAUGAGAUACCGUACCAUGUUGUUGCAUGGGGCGUCCCUCUCCUCAUGUCCAGCCUUCCCCUCUUUGGUGGAUACUAUGGUCCAGCUGGAGCCUGGUGCUGGAUCACAGAUAAGCACAUGGCCUGGAGGUUUGGCAUAUGGUACAUUCCACUCUUCACCCUCAUCUUCCUCAUGAUAUGCUGUUAUGCACGCAUCAUAUUUGUAGCCAAUAAAAGGAUGCAGUCCUGGUUUGGCACCUUUAACCCAGAGAGAGAAAGAAGAAAGAUGGCUCUAGUUGAGGAAAUCCGACCUCUGAAGUGGUAUCCCUCAGUCUAUCUGCUGGUUUCCAUCUUCCCUCUGAUAAAUCGGCUUCAUAAUGCUGCGUAUCCAGAGGAGCCUGUUUUUUCCCUAACCCUACUGCACGUGCUCAGCGCCCCUCUGCAUGGCCUGGCAAACGCAUUUGUCUUCAGCAGAGAUACCUGGAGUCAGCUCAGCAAUACAGGAAUCAAAUUGGCUCUUCAAUCUCGCCUGUGUGACAGCACCCAGAUUGGCGAGUAUCACCCAGCCAGUGUAAGAUACACAGUUGCGCUUGAGUCGGAUUCAGACGAUGAUGAUAACAACGUCCUCUUCUACAGUCCUGACAUGAGCCUGAAAGGCAGAGGACCCUGAGUCCAUAUGAGUUUUUCUUUGUUUAUGUACUGCCUUUUAUCAAUGUGCAGCUUUUUUUUCUCUUGCAGUGUUAUGUUGUAUUAAGUCAAGGCUGAAAGCAUGUCAUUUCAAUCUGUAAUAUAUUCCAGUUCAAUAUAUAAUAUAUUCCAGCAAUUAAGCAUUGCACCAUGUUGCUGUUCAGCAUUUAAAAGAGGUGCAAACUGAGCACUAUGAAGUUCAUUUAUUGACAACUUCAUUGGUUAAAUAUGUUUUACAGUGACUUUCUGUUAUCAUUCACUUGUGUUUGUGCUGAUCUGCCUUUUUAAAUAUUAUUUAUGAAAUUGUAUAUAUUAGUUAUAUUUUUGUACUAUUUUGAAAUAAUACAAUUUAAAUUGUUCAUAAAUACUG